AAAGACCGACUCCAGCUAAGCAAGAGGCACAGCAGCAGUGGCAGAAGCAGACAGGAGCAGCUGGUAUUCCGGUGAUUAAAUAGUUCUCAUAGCCUUUUUGCUGUACCCAGUCUGCUCCCUGGUGUAAUGCUCGUGUCCGAGAAGGAAGCUGCAUUUUAACGGUGUGCUGAACAGAGGUCUGAAUCAUUCCAGCUGGCUGCUUGUUUUGAAAAGGACAAUGUGUGUAUAAAUAAAAAGACUGCUGGAAGGGUCCAGACACCAGCACCGGAGCUGAGGAGUGCUCUCAGAAUCCUGUUGAGGCAGAUGGCACGAACUGAAAGCUCCGCUAAUUAACGCGGAGCCAAGUAAACCUGAAUUCUGGAUAUCUCAUUUUCUAACUCCGGAUAAAUUCAAGUUAGCAAAAGAAAAAAAAAACAUAUAUUGAAAUGCUUCUGUAGAUUAUGCUUAAAGGACACUGCAGCAAUUCUUGGUAUUGGACAUAGCAUCUCAGCUGUUGCCUUCCUGGUCCGCUGACUACCAGAUUUGACUCAUUUGUGAUUCCUUCGAGAAUCUCCCAUGAUUUGCAAUGGUUACAUGAAUGUUUGGGAAGGGAAACUGGCACCAUCUUACUAUAUGUUCUCCAUGGCACAUUAGGGAAAGAAGCCAGAAAAGGCUUCCAACGCAUUGAUUUUUAAAAUGAAUCUUAUUGUAAAGUUUCGGAGAAGCUUUCGAACACUGAUUGUUCUCUUAGCUACCUUUUGCUUGGUGAGCAUCGUCAUUUCUGCCUACUUCCUGUACUCUGGCUACAAACAGGAAAUGACACUUAUUGAAACUACUGCGGAAGCAGAGUGCGCUGACAUCAAAAACCUCCCUUAUCGGUCUUUAGAGCUGAAAACCAUCAAGCCUAUUGAUACAUCCAAAACUGACCCUACUGUUCUUCUCUUUGUAGAGAGCCAGUAUUCGCAACUUGGUCAAGAUAUUAUAGCAAUCUUGGAGUCCAGCCGGUUUCAGUACCAGAUGGUCAUUGCUCCAGGCAAGGGAGACAUACCACCUCUUACCGAUAGUGGCAAAGGGAAGUACACAUUGAUUAUAUAUGAAAAUAUUCUGAAGUACGUCAGCAUGGACUCAUGGAACCGGGAGCUUUUAGAAAAAUACUGUAUAGAAUACAGUGUUAGCAUAAUUGGUUUUCAUAAAGCCAACGAGAACAGCUUACCAACUACACAACUGAAAGGGUUUCCUUUGAACUUAUUCAAUAAUGUAGCUCUGAAGGACUGCUCUGUAAACCCCCAGUCUCCCCUGCUCCAUAUUACCAAAGGCCCCAAAGUUGAAAAGGGACCUCUUCCUGGGGAAGACUGGACAAUUUUUCAAUAUAACCAUUCUACCUACCAGCCAGUGAUUUUAACUGAGUUACAGACAGAAAAGUCCCUCUCUUUCUUGUCCAGCCAAACACUUUAUGCUACAAUAAUUCAGGAUCUGGGGCUUCAUGACGGGAUCCAGCGAGUUCUUUUUGGUAACAACUUGAACUUUUGGUUGCACAAGCUCAUUUUCAUUGACGCCAUCUCUUUCUUGUCCGGGAAGAGGCUGACACUAUCCUUGGACAGGUACAUCCUUGUGGACAUUGAUGACAUAUUUGUGGGGAAAGAGGGCACGAGGAUGAAUGUCAAAGAUGUGAAGGCAUUACUAGAGACUCAAAACUUACUGCGCACUCAGGUUGCCAAUUUUACCUUCAACCUUGGAUUUUCAGGGAAGUUUUACCACACAGGAACCGAAGAAGAAGAUGAAGGCGAUGACCUUCUGCUGAGGUCUGUGGAUGAGUUCUGGUGGUUUCCUCACAUGUGGAGUCACAUGCAGCCCCACCUCUUCCACAAUGAGUCAUCUUUAGUGGAACAGAUGAUUCUCAACAAAGAAUUUGCCCUGGAACAUGGAAUUCCGAUCAACCUGGGCUAUGCAGUGGCCCCACAUCACUCAGGGGUCUACCCAGUCCAUAUUCAGCUGUAUGCAGCUUGGAAGAAGGUCUGGGGUAUUCAGGUCACCAGCACUGAAGAGUAUCCACAUCUGAAACCUGCACGGUACAGGAAGGGCUUCAUUCACAAUAGCAUCAUGGUCCUCCCUCGACAGACCUGUGGACUGUUCACGCAUACUAUUUUCUACAAGGAGUAUCCAGGAGGACCUCAAGAACUGGAUAAAAGUAUCAAAGGAGGUGAACUUUUCCUCACAAUCCUUCUAAAUCCAAUCAGCAUUUUCAUGACACAUCUGUCUAACUAUGGGAAUGACCGCCUCGGCUUAUACACCUUCGUGAACUUGGCCAACUUUGUGCACAGCUGGACCAACUUGAAACUGCAGACCCUGCCUCCAGUGCAACUGGCCCACAAGUACUUUGAGCUCUUCCCUGAGCAGAAAGACCCUCUCUGGCAGAAUCCAUGUGAUGAUAAACGACACAAAGACAUCUGGUCCAGGGAGAAAACUUGUGAUCAUUUACCAAAAUUCCUUGUGAUUGGUCCACAGAAAACAGGAACAACUGCACUUUAUUUAUUUCUUCUAAUGCACCCCUCCAUCAUCAGCAAUCUCCCUAGCCCAAAAACCUUUGAAGAAGUUCAAUUUUUUAACGGCAACAACUAUCACAAGGGAAUUGAGUGGUAUAUGGACUUUUUCCCAACUCCUUCCAACAUUACCAGUGAUUUCCUAUUUGAAAAGAGUGCUAACUACUUCCACUCAGAAGAGGCGCCCAAAAGAGCUGCAUCUCUUGUUCCCAAAGCCAAGAUCAUCACUAUCCUUAUAGACCCCUCGGACAGGGCAUAUUCUUGGUACCAGCACCAACGAUCUCAUGAAGAUCCAGCUGCCCUGAGGUUCAAUUUCUAUGAAGUUAUCACAACAGGACAUUGGGCCCCUCCUGAUUUAAAAACAUUGCAGAGGAGAUGUCUGGUACCUGGGUGGUAUGCAGUACACAUAGAACGAUGGCUGGCCUACUUUUCUACUUCCCAGUUACUAAUUAUUGAUGGACAGCAGCUGAGAUCUGACCCAGCUACUGUGAUGGAUGAAGUCCAGAAGUUUCUGGGAGUUACACCUCAUUAUAAUUACUCGGAAGCACUAACGUUUGAUCCCCAGAAAGGCUUUUGGUGUCAACUACUAGAAGGAGGAAAAACAAAAUGCCUUGGGAAAAGCAAAGGCCGAAAAUACCCACCCAUGGAUCCAGAGUCCAGAACUUUCCUCUCCAGUUACUAUCGCGACCACAAUGUGGAGCUCUCGAAGCUGUUGCACAGGCUGGGGCAGCCUCUGCCCUCUUGGCUGAGACAGGAACUGCAGAAAGUGAGAUAGCACGCUGGAGGAGAACAUGGCACAGAGACAUCGUAAAGUAGAAAAAAGCAAACGACACAACUUUAUCCUUUUCAUACACUUGUGAUUGUCAGGAGAGGACUGUGAAUAAGUUCCUAUCGAUGCUUUCCAUCAAAUGAAAACAUAUAUGCACGCAUUGGCAAUUAUUAGCGUUAUUCUUUACUUAAGGCUUUUGGAAAAUAAAAUAUGGGGUUUGUGGC